AUGGAUGGAAUCGAUAUCGUUCUGGAAUCAUCUACUCUGACUAGUACUAAUUUGAAUGUCUUUCUGAAGCACUGGCUGUCUGGGGGGUGUCCUCGAUUGAAACUAUUCUGCGCCGAAACAUGUUCUCUGGAUAUCUUACAGGUACUUGAUGGUUUACUUCAUAAUGCCGUUUUUGUGGAGAACAGUCGUAACUACACCAGCCCAUUUGGAAACAGCAGAACCUUGUCAUUUGGGUAUGACAUCCAACGUGCGGAUGGCGUGACUGCAACAGUAUGCAAACAGGAAAAUGAAACCUUGGUUAUUGCAGUUUGGCCAGAGACCACUCAUAAUUAUAAUUAA